AUGCAACCUGCGGGUUUGCUGGAGGAGAGUGUCGUACCGCUGGGAGCAGAGGAGACUAUCGUAACCACAGACCAAAGCGAAACAACAAGACAGGCAGUAGCCAGUCCAUCGGUUGGAAACGAGAGAAUGCAGAACUCACCUUCAUCUGCUUUACCCAGAUAUGAGGACUCUAGAGGUGCGUAUCCUGCGCGCACCAUCUCUCGUGCGUUACCACCAACGUCUAGACCUACUGUAGUUCGUGCUACCACAGCACCAGCGAGGGCAACGGGACCUGGCGGAAGCAAACUUUUGAUGGUACGACGAUCUGAUGGCACAACACAGUUUCUGAGGCAGAUUACACAAGGAGAGGAACCAGCUGCGACGCAUUUACCAGUCAUGAGAGCUAGAAGCCAACAACCUGUUCCUGGUGCAAGAUUGGUUCGAGUGGCGAGCCGAGAACCAGAUCAGCCUACUUCGACUCGGCUCCUACCUGCUCAUGCAGUAGAGUCCACAGCUGUUCGAACGGGAUUGGAGCAGACGGUAGAUCCUUUCAUGAAAAGAAUGGCCGUCGAAAAGGGAACCUCUGGUUCAAUAAAUGCAGCACCUGGCCUCGUUCGACGCCAAAUAACGCGACCUGCUGAAACGUACGAGGAAGUUUACUAUGAACCAUCUGAAGCAAAAGAACACGUGGUGUACACCGAUGGAACACGCUCUAUAUCUCGUCCUGUGAAUAGGUAUGGACAAAGCCUGGUCAUUCCACGGACGGUGCCCCGCUCGUCAAAUUUGGUUGUUGGUGGACGAAGUCAACCUAAUUCUCCUCAAAUGCCAACUAUACCCAUGCGUCGCAUAACGAGCUACAAGGAUUUCUGCAGAAGUCGUGGAAUUAUUGAUAGUGGAAGGAUUCUAAGUCGACCGUAUCGAUUUGAUUUUGAAAACAAUGAAGAUGAGGAGAGAGCGAUUGCUGAGGCGAUUGCGAGAGAAGAGGAACUUAUGCGUCAGGAGGAAGCUGACAAAGGGGGACGUCCGGAACCGGGAGCACGAGAUCCUGCUGGAAGACCUUAUGAUGAAGAUCCGGAAGAGCAUGCAAGAAUGCUGCCAUCGUCCACACACUUUGGCUACAGCCUUUAUUCGCAUCCGGCACUUUCGCGCUAUACUCCCAACUUGACCAUUCAUAAGGAUGACUCUCCUGACACCCGCGUUGUUAAACAGACCUUGGAAACAAUGGUUAUGCAAGUAUGUCGAUGGGAUAAACAAUUUGGGUGGUAUAAGAAUUUGCUACUAAAGCCAAGAAGGCCCCAUAUUGAACGCAGACGCAUGUUCGCGAACCAGAAAGAAGCUCUACUUGCGGAGCAUAUAGACCGUCUUCGCAAAGAGAUCAAUAAAAGAAGAACAAAACUGGAAAACCAGGCUGAGGAACUGUGUGGACUACCUACACCGUGGAGAAAGUCACGAAUGAAAUCUCAUCUAAGAGCCUCACGCGGGCAUACUGCGACGAAAACAGCUGAGAUCAAUCGGCCCCGUCCCGUAGCGAUCAAUCCAGCUGAAAUUAGCCUUGGCGGAGAUGUAGUGGAUAAUUGGAUCAAGGAAGAGAAAACUAUAGACAUCAAAGAGGAAGCCAAGGAUGAAGUCAAAUUGGAUGAAGAUGUCAAAAAAGAGGUCCAAGAAGAAACUCUCGAAUCGAAUACGGUUGCGGAUUGGGAACCAUCAAGGAGAGGACCAGCGCUUCCAUCGCCUCCAAAGCACAAAAGAAGGCACGAACUGGAGGAUACGUCAUCGUCUGGGUCAGAAGUUCGGCGAAGAGGACGUCCACCUAAACGGUAUCACAAGGAGCAUGUCAGCACGCGUUCGACGGAAGACUAUUCCUUCGACAAAUCACCACCUCAAGGAUUGGAUCCCAACUUGUUGCACUGCAUCUGCCGAACAACGUACAAUCCCAGAAGAUUCUAUCUACCAUGCGAAAUGUGCUUUCGUUGGUUUCAUGGAAGAUGCGUUGGUGUGAAAGAAGAUACCUAUAAAGAAAUGGAUGGGUGGACUUGUCGAGAGUGUCUUCAAGAGGCGAAAAAGGCGCGUCAACAGCAGGAACUCUAUUGCGUGUGCCGAACUCCGUACAAUGAUACAGAGUUUUACGUUGGCUGUGAAAGUUGCGAAGGAUGGUUCCAUCCACGCUGCGUGGGAAUCACAAAAGAGGAAGCUGAGGCCAUGGAUGAGUACGUCUGCCCGAACUGUGUUGAAGCUCAAACAGCGCAAGGUUACGAAUCGGCGAGCAGCGCUGCCAGCAGCACACAUGCCACUCUAUGUCGUGCUGAUUAUCCCCUUGUAUGGCGUCUUCUCGAAACAAUCGCUGAACACAGAAUGUCGUGGCCAUUCCGUCAACCUGUAGAUCCCGAGGAGUUCCCAAACUAUACCGAAGUCAUCGAACAUCCUAUAGAUCUGUCUGUGAUACAAAGACGGCUGGAAAAUCUUGAGUAUCAGCGUCUUAAAGAUUUCACAAGAGACAUGACUCAACUAUUUGAAAAUGCUAGGUUAUUUUAUCCAAGGGAUAGCAAUGUUUACCAAUGCGCGGACACGUUGGAGAAAAUCUUCGAGCACGCUUUGGUCGAUAUUCGCAACGAGAUAGAAGCCCGAAUUAGCGGAAGGAAGGUAUCCGAAUCGCAGACUAUCGACAGUUCUCUAGACAUCGACACCGAUCAGCUAAUUGAUGUGAACCUCGACGUGGAUCCCACAAUGUUCCUCCUUUGACCUCAUUCUACCUCUUUUACUCACACUUAUCAAUGCAUUUGUACGUUCUCGUUUGCUUUCGAUUCGCUUUAGCUCAUCACUUACCCUGUGCCUUUCCCUUGGCAGUGCGUUCACCGAGUCACUUACAUACCUUUCAUUUGUUCUAACAUAAUCCUAAGGAUCUCGCGUACAAAAUUAAUAUCUGUAUUGUUAUGUUACAAUGUAACUCUUUGUGAAUGGUAG